AUGGACUUCCAGUCGUCGCAAAACGCCAUGUACGAUCCCUCCAACUUCAUCGACCCCAGCGCCAUGUCUGGCAACCAGAUGAAUGGCUCGCGACCGUACCCAAUGUCGUCGAUCCCCCAGAAGCGGGACUCGACAGGCGCGACCAUGUCGCGUUCCCAGACGCCAUCGCAAUUCCAGCAGGGCGGUUUCCAGCAGGGCUUCGCUCACACACCAUCCCCAACCAUGCAGAACCAGCAUUUCCGACCCGGUCAGAUGCCGCCGCAACGCAUGCAGACAGCCUCUCCGGCGCAGAACCCGCAUGCGCCCCAGAUGUCUCCCAUGAACUUUGCGCAAGGCUCUCAAAUGGGCCAGGGCUUUGAUCCCAACGCUGGUGGACAGUUUCCGGUUCAGUCAGUUCAAUCGAUACAAUUGUCCCAGAACCUGCAGCAUAAGCAGCAGGAGGCCCAGCGAGCAUAUGCCAUGCGGUUGCAAGCGCAACAGCAGCAGCUCGGGAAUCUAGCAGCAAGCAACAUGGCUGCGCAGCAGAGACACCAGGCUGGACAAACGCCCGGCGCGCCGGCACGGCAGCCCGGAAUGCCGCCCCAGAUGAUGCCAGGGCAAAUGCAGCAGAACCCCCAGGCCAAUCCUCAGACUUUCCUCAAAAACGUACAUUCUCUCAUGGCCCAAAAUCGUCGGCCUUUCAAUCCCCAACCGCAAGUUGCUGGCCGACCGAUCGAUCUCUUCAACCUGUAUUCAAUUGUUAUCAAGUUCAGAGGCUCCAGGAACGUCACUACGAAUAAUGCAUGGCCCAGGAUCACACAGCACAUAGGAAUACCAGUACAACAAUUUCCCAAUGCCCCAGAGGAGCUGCGACAAGUCUAUGAGGCGAACCUAGGACUAUACGAGCAAAUGUACAUACGCAGCAAGACACAGCAGCAGAAUCCUAUGGGACAAAUGGGCCAGAUGGGGCAAAUGGGACAGAUGGGCCAGAUGGGCCAGAUGGGACAGCAGAUGUCGCCAACAAGGAACUCGAUCCCUAGUGCUCCGAAUAAUGCUGCGGCUGCGGCACAACAAGAAUACAUGCAGCAACUGCAGAGAAAGCAGAUGCAGCAGCAAGCGCAACGGCAGUCCGACGCAGGACUACAGCAGCCACCGCAACAGUUCGAACAACCGGCACAGCAACCGCAAUCGACGCCUCUGCAAUCGAACGCUACGCCUGCUCUAGCCAAUGGUCGGAGCACUCCACAGGCCGACAGUAAUCUGGCAGCUCAACAUCGCAAAAGCUUGAGUCGUCCAUUGGAAGGUACUCCGGUUCCUUCCUCAGAUCCAGCCCAGCCCAGUGGAACACCCAUCAAAACAGAAACAGACGUUGCUGCAGCCCAAUCUGCGCUCGAACAGAAACGCCACAUCGAAGAGGAAGAGGAUGGAAUAUACUACAGACCCGCAACAAAUCUGACCAUCAAGAACACAUGGGGAGUCUUGGAGCUAAGCGAUGAGCUUGUUCAAGAGGUUAGCAAGAAGUUGCAUUGGAUGCCCAAUGUUCCAGAACUCCGGGAGAUGGGGAUUGUCGACAUACGCGCGCUGACCAUGAGUCUUCGCUCUGGUCUGCACGCAGAGACUAGGCUGGCGCUGGAUACCUUGUCCAAAUUGACCCAUGAGAACAACAUUCAACUGGAUCUGGAGCAGUGCGAUGAUCUGGUGGAUGUGCUUGCAGAGUACGCCGAAGACCAACUCGAGAUACUAGGCACCGACAAUCCGGAAGUGACAGACAUCAUCGAGCUCAUGUCAUACGAGGAUAUCCUACACAACUGCCAGGCAGAAGUCAACGCGCUCCAAGAUCUCCCUGAAUUUGGCACCAAAGCAUACGACCUAGAUCGGACUGCAGACCGGGUCUUAGCGAUAACAUCCAUCAUUCGCAACUUAUCAUUUCUCGAAAUCAACCACGCCCGUCUUUCCUCUCCACCCGUACUCAAGUUUCUAUCGAAUGCGAUACGACUUGUUGGCACAAGAAUGCUCUUUCUCAGGUCUUACAUCCAUACCUUGGAUUUCAUGAAGGAUUUGAUCACAUUCUUUUCCAAUGCCAGUACAAGAAUAGCACUCCCUUCGAGAGAAGACGCUUACGCUGUGCUUCACUUUCUGUGUGCGUUCGCACCUAGCCCGCGCCCAACCCUCCCUAUCCGAUUCACUUCGUAUAACCCCAAAAUUCAUCGCUAUCUUCCAUCGGCUGUCGACAGCAUGGCCAAACUCCUAGCCAUCGACGAUCCAAACCGGACAUAUUACAAACAAAUCUUCAUCAACGAAGCAACAUCUGACCCCCCCUACGAUCUCCUCACUCGUGCAUUUGCCCUCGCAAUUGCCGUUGUGCCAGAUCGAACGGAAGGAAAACUCCACGAUCUCGCAGAAACCCGGCCCAAGGAAGUGCAGCACUAUGAAGCACGUAUCGCAGAGACACGGAAGCCGUACUUGAUGCAGGGUAUGCUUGCCGCGGAUAUUCUUGCGUCGCUUGCCCCUGGGCCCGAAAGCGGUGUUUGCCGGUCGUGGCUGGAAGCCGAGGAUGGGUGGGCGAACAGCUUGUUGAAGUUUGCGAUGUCUCUCUGCUCGCUGGAUGCUCGAAUGCAACAGCCGCCGCCGCAGCCUAACCACCGCGGACAAAGACCCAUGGAACAGGAUCGGGAAGGAUACCACCUCAUUGUCAAUCGAGCUCUGUCGAUGAUUAAGCGCCUGGGCGACAAAUCUAAAGGUGCGGAACCACUGGUAAAAGGCGUCGAGACAAACGGGACAGGUGCUGCAGAUGACGACGACGACGAUGAUUGGCUUGAUGAUAUGGAAGAAUUUGACGUUGGAGGCACAACUUGGAAGGUCAAGGCAGACAUCCUGCCCCGAAAGGAAACGGUCCUUGGAGCUUUACUAAUGCAUCAACUGGAUGCGAGGGCUUUGCGGCAAUUUUGUGGGCUCGGUUACCUUGCAGAGAACUGA